AUGCUCGUCUCUUCUUUCCUGGAACCUAUAAACUUCAAUCCCACAGCCGACUGUGCUGUGGGUACAGCCUGUAAAGAGCACAUAGCGGUCGGAGCCCUCCCUGCGUGGCUGCGAGCGCAGGACCGCCCCUUGCCUCGCUGCGGCAAGGCGAGGCGCGCCAGCCGGAAAGCCCCGGCCGGAGAGCCCCGGCGCGUCCUGCCUCAGGCCCUAGGAGGGGCUUCCUGCCCGGCUCCCCGCUCCGCUGCCCGCCGAGGAGGCGGAAGAGGAGGCGGGCAUUCUGCGGUGCCCGCCGCGGCCACGCGUCCCCCACUCCCCCAGAGCGGGGCCGGCCAUCCCGAGCCAGACCCGACGCUCUCGGCGGCAGGAGUGAUGCCCUGCCCCGCCUGGCUGGCGGGCGUGCGGCGGCAGCAGCCCCGGACGCAACGCAAGAAACGUGUCUCGGGACUUGUGGUACGGAUUUUGAAGGUCACUGAUGCACUUCUGCAAACCAGUUAUUGCUCAGAUCCAGUUAGUGUUGUGUACAUGAGACCAUUAAAAUGGAUUUUUUUUGUUCUCGUCAUGUUUUCUGUCACAGCAGUGUGGUAUGUGGCUUUUUCUUCCAACACUGUUAUUAAGCAUACAAACCUCAUGUAUUUCUAUGAAUAUGAACCAGUUUACAAGCAACAUUACCUUUUCACAUUGCGGGAGCGCUUGAAAUGCAAAGACAUAAAUCCAUUUCUGGUCAUCCUGGUGUCUUCACGUCCCGAGGACAUGAUGUCAAGGCAGGCCAUCAGGAUGACAUGGGGGUCUCAAAGCUUCUGGUGGGGACAUCGAAUUCUAACCCUGUUCUUACUAGGUCAAGAUUCUCAAAGAGAAAACAAUGCUGCAGCCCUGUCAGUAGAAGAUGAAAGCAUCCUCUAUGGUGACAUAAUUCGACAGAAUUUUAUGGACACUUACAACAAUCUUACCUUGAAAACAAUCAUGGCAUUUCGGUGGAUCACUGAGUUCUGUUCAAACACUAGGUUCCUCAUGAAAACCGAUACUGAUGUCUUCAUCAACACUGCUAACUUGAUAAAAUUUCUUCUGAAGCUAAAUUCGUCAGAAAAUGUUUUUACUGGUUAUCCUCUCAUCAACAACUUCGCCUACAGAGGCUCUUACCAAAAAACAUACAUCUCGUAUGAUGAAUAUCCAUUCAGGUUGUACCCUCCGUAUUGCAGUGGCAUGGGCUAUAUCCUAGAUGGAAAACUGGCCCUGAGAAUUUAUGAACUGAUGAGUCAUAUCAAGCCUAUUAAAUUUGAGGAUGUUUAUGUUGGAAUUUGCUUAAAUCUGCUUAAUGUGAACAUCAGUAUUCCAGAAGAUAACCAACAAUUCUUUCUUUAUAAAAUUGAUUUUGAUAUCUGUAAGUAUAGGCAUUUGAUUGCAGUACAUGGCAUUACAUCAAGUGAAAUAAUCAGGUUUUGGCAGGAUUUGUCAUCAAACACUUCAGUUAUUUGUCUUUGAUUCUGUAUGAACACAUAAAGUGAAACAUAUUCAGUGUGAAAACGUCCAGGGCAACACCGAACAAAAUCACAGCUGCAGAGAUGGCUUCAACUGAAGGAGGGCUGCACUGCUGGGGCAAAGUGCAGUGACAACAUUUCUCUAUGACUUUCUGCUACUCUGAAAUAAAGUUAGGAAUUCACAAAGCACUUUUCCAUGUACAUACCCUGUGCAUACAGGAUACUUUGGAAUACACCAUCCUAACUUCCUCUGGUGCUUCUCCAUGUGAUCAGCUAUAGCUACAGGGGUUCUACCUGAAUCUUCUGGAGUAUAUGAAAUGUUACCAAGGAAUAAUGCUUAUGCUAAGAAACUGGCUUUGGAGAUGCUUCCCAGAUUCCUGCCUGGAUUGCCUUUAUUGGUUUUACAAGUACAUCAUCCUAUGCCACUCUCAAGUAUUUGUUCUGUGUCCAUCAUGAAGCUUCUGCUGCCCUUUUUCUUUCAUUAUAUCACCACUGUAGUUGUCCCAAGAGCUUAAAUGUGUCACCUCUGAAAUAGCUCUGGGAGUGUUACAAGCCUGUGGACCGUGUGGGGUCUGCAGAAGACGAUGGGAAAUUCUGGGAAUGGGAUGCACUCUGUGUGUGUGUGCCUAUAGAUGGAUAAAACAGAAUUACCUUGGUGUCUUCAGUAAUAUUCAUAGCUUACUAGAGGGCUAGAUGCAGUGGAGUUCACACACAGUUUAGUUACUUGACAUCUCUAAUACAUCAGGAUAAUCAAACCGCAUGUAUGUAUACACCUACAUGUGUGUACUUCUGCAUGAGAGUUUUGGAACCAUGUCAGGAAAAUUCAAAUAGAUUCAUUUAUAUCGUGACAUAUUUUUUAGAAACAUCUAUCUCUAAAAAGAGCUUUCUUCAAAUUUUAAAAUGAAAAAGGCCUGCCAUGUUAAAUGUCAAGAAAUCAGUUAUUUGUCACAAGAACACUGAUGCUACCAUAUGGUUUGUAUUGCUUUUUCAAAAGAAAAUGAAACAAGUAAUUAUGAGAGACACUGCAAUCUUCAGAAGCUGGUUGGCUAAAGCAGCCAGUGCUCCCGCCAGGAGACCCAGAACCCACAGUCACAGAGAGGUGGCUGUGGGCAAAACACAGCCAUCACCAAACCACCAAGCAAGGUAAUCUUUAGUAUUUGUGCCCCACAAUGAUAAUGCCAGUCACAGAUUACAGGGGUUUUGCUCAUACACAGUGACCUGUUUAUGCCACCUGAAAUUAUUGUGUAAAGUGACAUCAAUUCUGCAAGAAAUGUACGGUGUAAAAUAUUCCUGCUCUUGUUUUAUUUUUUUAAAAAAAUAUUUUAUUUCCAAAUCUGGCUUGUAUUUGGGUCUGACCUUAUUAUUGCUUAAAAGACUGUAAAAAUUCACAACUAAGCUAAUGUUUCUGUUUAAAGCCAAUAUCAGGGAAGUUUCUAGUGUGAGCAGCCACGCAAAAGGUAAAAAAAGGUUAAGAAUGUGAACUAAUACAAGCAUUGAAGUCAGUGGUGGGCCCAAAUUUUAUUGCAUCUGCCUACAAUAUUGUGCUAAAACUGAAGCCUAAACCACAGGCUACGAGUUUUCCAAAUACUCAGAUUCUUUUUCUUGUGCAGGCAAGUGGUUCAGAAAGCUGUAUUAAAGCAGAAUUUCAAGCAGUUGUGACUUUGAUAAAGAAAAGCAUGGGGCUUUCCAACUGGAAAAACCUAAUGACAAUCUAUUGGUCGAAGAUGCUUGUAACUGCUGCUGGGUGGAUGAGAGAAGGGGUUUAAAAUGUAAAAUUUCAAGCCUGUGCUUCCUGUAUGGUAUUCCAGAAGAGUUACAAAGUCAAAUGCUUAAAUGUUUUGUGUGCAUUCUGGAACAAGCAAGUUCAAAAUCACCAGUGAGACAGCAUGUGCUGCAGACUUUGGGGUGUUAUUAUCUAUGAUCAGUAUCAGCAGAACAUAAAACAGUUUGGAAUAUUUUUUAUGGAAUAUUUCUUUGUUUCACCUUUUCUAGUUACUAGUAAAGCAUUUCAAUGACAGUUCAUUGCAAAGACCUCACAAAUGCCUGGAUGCACAAUCAAGAAUGUAAAUUUAUUGUAUUUUAAAUUUAAACUAAAAGCUGAUAAAGGUUAACUGAAUGACGUGACACUGAAUUCCUGAUCUGUGUCCAUCAGUUACAUUAGACAUACUGAAGGAGUUUGGGAGGCAGAACUUUGCUCUGCAGUAGUGAGUGGUGCAUACAUUUAUUAUGUACUUUAGUUUGCCUAAGACAGAGGUGGUAGGGCAAAGCUUUCUGCAGUUUCUGUUAAAUUAAGGUCAUCAGGUUUUAAUGCAGAUACUGUGUAUUAGAUUUCUGUACUGUACUAGAUGUACUCUACUGUAUUAGAUGUACUGUACUGUAUAUGUUAGAUUGGAUAUAAGGAGGAAGUUAUUUACUGUUGAGGGUGGUGAGGCACUGGAAUGGGUUGACGAAGGAAGCUGUGAAUGCUCCAUCCCUGGUGGUGUUCAAGGCCAGGUUGGACAGAGCCUUGGGUGACAUGGUUUAGUGUGAGGUGUCCCUGCCCAUUGCAGGGGUUGGAACUAGAUGAUCUUAAGGUUCUUUCCAACCCUAACGAUUCUAUGAUUCUCUUAAGCUGCAAACCACAACCAAGUGCAAGUGCUCCGGGCAGGAAGGAAAACAUUAAAAUGAAGUUAAGCAGGUGGCUGGGUUUAGUUUUCAUAUAUAGUUGAGUUCGUAUUUUGAAGAAACCUGAAACUGUAAAACAAAACCAGACCUACCCCACUCCACUUACGUAUUGCGUUUCUAAAACUCCUAAAGCCCCUUCACUUCACAGGACUAAUAUGUAGUCUCUCUAAAAUGUUGUGUGUGAUUCUUAGCUAAAAGCAGUAUUGACCUGCAGCUCACAGGAGGAAAUACUAUCUGUAGUACAGCCUUACCUGCCCUUAUGGGAUGUUGUGACUUAGUUUUCCUUCUAUAAAAUAAGGUCUUAAAAAUAGAACAUUUACCCCCAGCACCCUCUCUUGAGAUUGUUCAUACAUCUGAGCUCUGCCUGACGCCAGUGUUCUGACAGUUGCUGUGCAGCAUGUUAGUUUUCCAGAGCACAUUGAUACGAGUGACCUGCAUGAGGUUUAGAGAGGCCAGCCUGUGGGCAUCGCAUCCCCCCGGCUGGGCUGGGCUGGGCUGGGGCUCAGCCCAGUAUGCUGCUGCUCCUCUCAGCCACGCUUGGCCUGCAGCAGUCCUCCACCUAGGAGUAAAGUGCACUCUGCUGUGAGCUGGCAAUACAGAUAAAAUCUUAAACACACGUCUGGCCUGGAGUGAAAAAAUGUUACAAACCAGCCUGAAAAGGCUCUUAACCUUUGCUAACGCAGCCCUGUUGCAUGGAAUGUCCUUAACCAAGAUGGAUGCCUAAAUGUUGCAGCUCUGUUAUCUUGGGUGUUGUGUAGGAGGUUUUUUAAUAAAGCUCUGACCUGCCCUUUUAGAGUUCUAAA